AUGAAUGACACCGACUUGCCUGAAGAGUCAGCUGCCAUCUAUAAGUGUAAGAUUGUCAAGAAACAGGCUCUUGGAUAUUUCCUCUACCAAGUCUGCAUCAAACAGCAAAGUACAAAACCUGAUACUGCAAUUGAUAUGGAACUAACUUUUCUGACAGCUAAGGCAAUACUGUUUAAUCUAGGUGCUGAAAAAAGUCGAACUUUUGUGCUUGAUCUAAAAAACAUAAUUCAAGGUGCUGCUAGAUCUCAAAUAUCUUCUAGUAUUGUCCAGGAGUGCAGCCUGUUAGAAGAGUCAGAAUCCUGCAUGUUGGUCCCGCUAAAUAAUCCAGCUAUAUUUCCAGGAUAUUCUAGUACACCCAUUGUGCUGACAAAUCCUGAAAAGUUUUCUGAAUUUUUAAUUCAAACAGAAAAAAUGAUAGGAACCAUCAACUCUGACACAUCCUUCUCUGGAAUUCAGAUUGCACUAAUAAACAGCCCUCCAGGUUCAUCGGUUUUCGUUUUUGUUGAGUCUCCAGCUAAUGAUCAGGAGAAGAUGAAAGAAAUAGAAUAUCUUGUUUAUGAGAGGAAGACCUCUCUUUCUUUUGUUGUGACUGUUGAUGUUUUACACUCAGCAGCACCAUAUGGAUUCCAAGCAUAUGAGCACAUAGCUCAGUUAUCUGGGGGGCAGAUGCUGUUUGUGGAACGAGAGGCACUAGGCGCUAUUAUGCCCAUUGUAUGGAGUUUAACAGAAGUUACCAUGAGAUUGAAGGAAAUUGGCAGGCACAUCAGGAGAGACUGUAGCAUUGCAGAGAGACAUGAGGUGACCUUGUUUUAUGCUGCACAGUCCUCGGGUAAUGCAACUUUUGCCUUCUAUGUGGACAAUCUGGUGGACAAUGUCAUCAUCCUAGUGUCAAGCUCAAGUGAGAUCACUGACUUUCGUCUUUCGGAUCCAAAUGGGAGAAAUCAAACUAAAAUCCCAGAAAAUGGACGCUUAGCAACAAUUCAGACAACACAAUUUUUGAUAGCAGCAAGACUAACAUUGCCUAUUACAACUGGACUCUGGGAGAUAUGGAUAUCAGCAGUAGGAAAUUACACAGUUGCUGUUCGAGGUCAAAGCACAUUAGAUUUCCAGUACCAGCUCUCCAUACUGGAUAAUGAGACUCAUCCGGGACUAAUCCAUCUUGACCGACGACCAGUUGCAGAUAUACCUGCUAUACUUUUUGUGUCAGUUGUUGGACUUUUGGGAAACAGCUCACUUUUGUUUGACCAAGUGUCACUGAAAGGAACAGAUGGCAAAAACUUGCAAGAUUUACAGCUACAGCCAGCUUCACACACAGGGGAGUUUCUCACAGAAAUGACUUCUCUACCAAAGCAACCAUUUUAUGUGGCCUUACAUGGGAAGGAUGGCCACAUCAUCUUUGACAGGGUGCUUCCCAGACUGAACUCUGUGUCAGACGUUCUAGUGCAGGCAGAAGAUGCUGGCCAGCUUUAUCCUAACCAGCAUUACAACCUCACAUUCCAGAUUACCAACUUUGGCAAGUCCAGGCAGUUUACAGUAAAUGCUAUAAAUGACAAGGGCUUUGCACAAACAUUGAACAUUUCAAGGUAA